UGCAUGACCAGAAGAGCUAUGAACUUCCUCCUGAAGGUUUGAGAGGGGAGGGAGCUCUGAGUCGUACCCAGCCCAGAGUGUCACUGUCACAACAGCUGAGGGAGGGAAGAAGGAGAAGCGGGAACCAGAAUGGCAGAAAAUGUCCUUUAUGCUGACCUGAACUUGCCUGAACCAACCAGACCCAGAAUCCUGACAGUCCCUGAUGUCCAAGGCUCAGGUUGUACCUAUGCAGAAGUGAAAGUGAAAGCCCAAGACACAAAUGCUGCAGAAAACUGCAAAUCAUCAGGUAAAAGCCGUUGUUCCAGAAAACAUGUUGCUACAUUGGUGGUGGUAAUCCUGAUAUUGGUCCUGGCAGUAUAUUUAAUAAUCACCUAUGGUCCAACUGCAGGCAGCCAGCAGGUCUCCACAACAAACAUUCCUGAAGAGGCAUUAGGCUGCCCACCAGCAUGGAAAAAACAUGGGAGAAAAUGCUACUUCUUUUUUCCACAGAGGAAACCAAAGCACUGGGAUGCCUCCCGUGCAGAAUGCACAGCCAUGGAGUCAGACCUGGUGGUCAUUGACAGCAGGGAAGAGCUGACUUACCUGCUCUCACAAACAAGAUAUAACUACUACUUACUUGGGCUCAGAUACUCUCCAGAGGAGCAGAAGUGGAAGUGGAUCAACGACGUGGAACAUGACCCAGCCAUGUUUGAUAUAAAUGGACAUCACCGUGAUUAUCUCUGCACAGUGAUUGGAUUUCGUGAAGUACAUACUGCACCUUGUGAUGGAUCCUCAACAACACAAAAUAUGUGUGAAAAAGCUGCAAGAAUUUCAAAAGGGCUGCAGAAGCAGAGCUAAAAUCAAGAGGUGCAGGCUGAUAUGUUGUGCCCAGCUUUCUGUAGGAACCAUGGAUGGGAUGUGUCUCAUUUCUCUUUAGCUGCCCAGUCUCUGCUCCCAGACUCUCCUGCAGCCUCUCUCCAGCCUCGGGGCUGAGCUCAGCCCACACUUUCCCUGAUGCUGUCUGAGCCUGGAUGGAUCCCCUCUGGAAGAGCUGGCACUGGCACACAGGAGGACUCUGGCACUGUCUCAUGCCAGAGGUGACACUUCCAGGCAGGCACUGCCAGGGGAGAGGAGUCCAGCCUGGGCACAGGGAGGUGAUCCCAAACUGAUCCUGACUCUGCAAGGCACAUCCAUCCACAGCCCUGUGUUCCCAGCCCUGCCUGGGCACAAGGAGACCCUUCCCCAGCUGGCCACAGCCUGGCCUUGCCUGCAGCCACAAGGCAAGGGCAGCACAGAUUUCUGGCUGGGAUCCUGUGGGGAACUGCAACCCCACUCCUUGCCAGUCUCAUGGUCAAGAUAGCACAAAAUCAGGUGUGGUUGUGGAUAAAUCUUCCCCUGUCCCCAACUGCUCCAAGAGCACUCAGGAUCCCAGAGCCUGGGAGGGGAGGGAGAAUCAGCCCAAGGGAAAGGGAUCCUACAGCAGCACAGCUCUGGGCAUAAAAUCAGCCCCAGUCCUGUGUGGGGAAGGGAAGGAAUGUCAGAUUUAUGAUCUGCUGGGGAAGGGCACAGAACGGAGACCAGCAGAGAGCAGCAAGACCUGAAGAACAGAGUCCCAAGAGAAGCUGAGCUGGACAGAAAACAGAACAAUGAAACCCUCAGUGACCUGUGAAGGAGCUGGUGAGAGGCACAAGAGUGACCGACAGGGAAUGGAAACACGAUGCCCUUCCCUCUUUUCCUUGGAGGUUGGUCACAGGACAGGGCAGCUGUAUGGAUGUGCUCUGGGUGUCCCCAGAGAUGUGCUCUGGGUGUCCCCAGAGAGCUCCACUCAGUGGCUUGGGCUGACUGCUGGGCCCCUGUAGAGUUCCUCUCCUUUCCCUUACAUGGAUUAAAGCUUUUCUUUUCAAAACACAAAGCGGUGUUUGUGUUUGGGUGGGUGAAUCUUUGGGAACUCCAGACACUUCCAAUCCAGAACCACUUCCCAACACAGGUGACCUCAGGGAGGCCAUGAACUUGUUUUUCCUCAUGUUCCUGACAUAAAACCCUGUGCCAUCAAAAAAAUAAGUAGAAAUGGACUUCUUGUCUCAUUAGAAGUUGAUGCAUGACCGGAAGAGCUAGGAACUUCCUGCUGAAGGUUUGAGAGGAGAGGGAGCUCUGAGUUGUGCCCAGCCCAGAGUGUCACUGUCACAACAGCCGAAGGAGGAGAGAACAGAGUGGAACAAGAAUGGCAGAAAAUGUCAUUAACUCUGACCUGAACUUGCCUGAACCAAUCAGACCCAG